UCCUUUAUUUCUGUUAAUUAUGAUGAUUCUCUACUUGACAUUUAAUACUAGAAUAUUCCAUGAAAAAACUGAAAAACUGCUAAAACUCUGCAUUUGUUUUUAUAUCUAUAUUAAAAAAAUUAAGUGCAUCUUUGUCAUUUUUAGUCAAAGUCAUUAAGAGACAUUGUGGAAGGUCCAAGGGUCGCCCAGCAGACCCCAUCAGGACAUGAGGAAAGCAAUUUUAUUUUAUUUUAUUGUAAAUGUUUGAUAUAUGAAAGUACAAGAAAUGUCUUGUCACUUGUUAAAAUGAUAGUUAUACAAAGAAACACCAGAUCAGUCUGUUUUAGAAGGCUUCAGAGACAUGAUGACCGCAUGGUUUCUGGUCUUUAAUAAAACAGCUCAAUUUCUACUUAGAAAUAUAUCAAAGUAUAAUACCAAACAUUCUUGUAACCUCCUGUAUUUUUUUACUCUGAUCUAUAACUGAAUUUAGUAAAGUCAGUUUGUAGCUAAAUGUAAUAAUUCUCUACCAGUUUCUAACUAGAAAUAGUGACUUUCAUUUCAUAGUCACCAUCAUUUGGUUUAUUUUAGAGCAUUCUUUUCACAGUUUAUCACCACUGAUAAAACACGUUUUUUCUGUUUCUUUUGGUUCUGACAGAAAUGCAAAAACCCAGUCAGACCCUUAGAAAAGAGCCAUUUUGAAUUUGGUUAUUCCCACAGUGGCGUGGGUCUCACCAUUGAGUGAUCAACGUGUUGCUUUAUCAUGUGGACACCUCGAUUUAGGAACUCUGUCAGACUAUUUUACAACUUCCCGUAACUCAUUAACAACAUUUGAGUCCUGUGUGGAAGGUGGGUUGGACAAAGUAGGAUAUGGAAGCAGCUAUGUCAUCCAAGCGCUCCGUAUCUCAGAUAUGCUACUUAAUAAGGAACAGUUUCUGACAGCUUUCGUUAUCAGAAUAAGGUGUUAAGAAUGCAUAAUGCCUGAGUUCAAAUUCCUGGCAUACCUCAGUGUGUCAGGCUCAAGUAUAAAAGAGCAGAUGGUUCCAUUGUGGACUCCAGCAUCCAAACAACUGCAAAGUCAAAGGCCAACAAGCUUUCAACCCAUCCAGACACUGAUAUGACCGGUAGCAUCUCUCAAAGAAAUAUGUUUCUAUCUUCCAUUCCUCUCUGUGGCCUUCUCCUCAUCUUAAAUCUGGAGCCAUUCAGCACUUACCCCAUCAGCACAGGCUUGACUGACACAGAUAUGGACAUAUUAAAGGUGCUGCUUCAAAAACUUGAGGAGUCAGUUUCGGAGCAGACUGUACUGGAUCAAGGAACCACUGAAAAGCAUGGAGGUGUUAACAGACUGAACAUGGAGGAUACAUCAAGCGAGCAGCAGCCACAGAUUGGCUUGGAUGAGGCUGAAAUCAGAGCAUUUCUCUCAGGGAAGAACCUGAAGAGCGUCCAGAACGACUCCACCAGGAGAUCUUCUGGCUGCUUCGGACGACGGAUGGACAGGAUAGGCUCGAUGAGCUCUCUGGGCUGCAACACGAUUGGCAAAUACAAUCCAAAGUAAAGAGGAAGUCUUACCAUCUAAUUGAUUCUACUCCAUAGUCUGUACCAAAAUCUGUUUUCACUUAAAUGCUAUUUAUUAACUAAUAUUUACUGUUCAUUGUUGUUGCCCUUUGACAAUAUUUAAAGAAUAUUUUUUGAAAAUAGAUGUGAUACUGUUCUUUAUGUACUGUUGUAUGUUUAAUAAAUGUUUACAUCAGCAUAUUA